UUCUUAUUGACUUUUCCACGGACGUUCUGGAAGCUGACUUGAAGUCGUCCUCCUCCUUCCACGACGGAGAAAAUGCAGUUCCACGCCAGUGAGAAAACCAGCAGAGUUAUCGCCGAACAGUCGCAGAAAUGGCCGGUUUCAUCUCGACAUUUGCAGUGCAGGAGAUUCUGAAGAAGGCAUUUGGUCUUGCAGCCGAGCAAAUUCAUCUAGCCUGCCAUUUUAAGACGGAGCUCUCCAAGCUCUGCACCUCUCUGCACCUCGUCAAAGCCAUUCUUCGCGAUGUCGAUCAAGCGAAGUCCGAUCGAGAAUCGUUCAUGAUUUGGGCCGCUAAGCUUCAGGGUUUAGCCAUCGAUGCCGAAGUUAUAAUGGAAGAGCUCUCCUACGAGAAUCUUCGGCGCCAAAUUGACGUCAAUGGAAAUCCCAAGAAAAUGGUAUGUGAUUUCUUUUCAUUCUCUAAUCCCUUGUUGUUUAGGUUGAAAAUGGCUCAUAAAAUUAAAACCAUUACCCAAAUUUUGAAUGAGAUUAAUGUGGAGGCAAGUGCUGUGGGGGUUGUUGCUAAAGUGAAUGAAAGGGUAACGAGUGCUAAUAAUGGGCAAAUUCCAGAGACUGAUUCAUUUCUUGAUGAGUUUGAGAUUGUAGGAAGAGGGGUUGAUAUAUCAAGAAUAGUUAGCAUAGUUCUUGACACUACCACACACGACAGGAUCUCUGUCAUUCCUAUUGUCGGGAUGGGUGGUCUUGGAAAGACAACAGUGGCUAAAGCAGUCUUUAAUCAUGAGCUUGUAGAAGCUCAUUUUGAUGAAACAAUUUGGGUGUGUGUGACUGCAAGUUUUGAUGAGAAGAAGAUUUUAAGAGCAAUUUUGGAAUCUCUUACGAACUUUCCAAGUGGUUUGGAUAGUAUGGAUGCUAUACUUAGAAGAUUACAAAAGGAGCUGGAAGGGAAGAGGUAUUUUCUUGUGCUGGAUGAUGUAUGGAAUGAAAAUUUUGAACUGUGGAACAAUUUGAUGAGUCUUUUGCUAAAGAUUACAAAUAGUGUUGGGAAUAGAAUUCUUGUGACAACUCGGAGUGAAGAAGCUGGAAAAGUCGUGAAGACGUUUCCCGUUUAUCGUUUAGCUAAGUUAUCAGACGAUGAAUGCUGGUCGAUAUUCAAGGAAAGAGCGUCCCCAAAUGGUCUACCACUGACUCAAGAGCUGGAAGUUAUGAAGAAUGUGCUUGCUGAGCAGUUUGGAGGCAUUCCAUUGGUUGCAAAAGUCGUGGGAGGAUCCAUACAAUUUAAGACAAGAAGAGAGACUUUGUUGAUGUCAACAUUGGAAACCCUGAUUAUGAAUCCGCUACAAAAUGAAAACGAUAUCUUGUCUAUCUUGAGAUUAAGCGUGGAUCAUUUGCCGAACUCGUCGUUGAAACAAUGUUUUGCCUAUUUUUCAAAUUUUCCAAAGGGAUAUAACUUUGAAAAGGAACAACUAAUCCAAUGCUGGAUGGCUGAAGGGUUCAUUCAACCUUCUGAUCAAGCAGGCAAUGAAACCAUGGAAGAUAUAGGAGACAAGUACUUCAAUAUCUUACUAGCUCAUUCCUUAUUUCAAGAUAUUGUCAAAGAUGAGAAUGGUAAAAUCACUCACUGUAAGAUGCAUCAUCUUCUUCAUGAUCUUGCAUAUUCUAUCUCAAAAUGUGCAGCAUUCGGUUCAGAUGUUAUUGGUUUAAAUGACAACGUUUCUCAAAUUCGACAAUUAUCCUUGAUUGGUUGUGAGAAUAAUGUACCUUUGCCUUCUAUAAGGAGUAUGCGGAACUUACGUUCUUUGUUCUUGGACAGAGAUGUCUUUGGCCACAAGAUUAUAAGUUUCAAGCGCUUGUGUGUUCUAAACAUAUCGCGAUGUGAAAUCCGUAGCUUGCCAACGUCGAUCGGAAGGUUAAAGCAUCUACGGUAUCUAGACGUUUCAAAUAAUAUGAUAAAGGAACUUCCAAAAUCUAUUGUUAAGCUUUACAAAUUGCAAACCCUGAGGCUUGGUUGUUUCCAUGGAGAAGCCCCCAAGAACUUCAGGAAACUGAUCAGCUUGAGACAUUUCUAUAUGGAUAUUAAAAGACCAACGAAUAGGCACAUGCCUUGUUAUCUAGGUAGGUUGGUUGAUCUUCAAUCCUUGCCUUUUUUUGUUGUUGGCAUGGACAAGGGCUCUCAUAUAGAAGAGCUUGGAUAUCUGAGCCAUCUCAGAGGAACAUUAGGGCUUUAUAAUCUUGAGUUUGUCAGAAACAUGGGGGAAGCCAUGACAGCAAAGUUGGUGAAAAAGGAAAAAGUGUACAAAUUGAAACUAUUAUGGAGUGAUCAAAGAGAAGUUAGUGAUGAUCAUGACACUGCUGUUUUAGAAGGACUUCAACCACACAAAAAUCUCCAAUACUUGAAACUUGAGAACUUUAUGGGAGAAUUCUUUCCAAAUCUUACUUUUGUUGAAAAUUUAGUGAGGAUUUCUCUGAAAAACUGUAGCAGGUGUCGAAGAAUCCCGACAUUUGGACAUCUGCGUAAUCUUAAAGUUCUUGAGAUUUCUGGAUUGCACAACUUAAAAAGUAUAGGGACUGAGUUCUAUGGAAAUGAAAAUGAAGGGAGAAGUUUGUUUCCAAAGCUGAAAAGAUUUGAUCUUCUGGACAUGGAGAAUCUGGGACGUUGGGAUGAGGCAGCAGUUCCGUUGCACGUUGCGGUUUUCCCUUGUAUUGAAGAGUUAAAAAUUCUUGACUGUCCGAGAUUAGAAAUUGUUCCUGAUUACUUCUCGACUCUCAGGACGUUAGAAAUCGACGAUGUUAACAACCCAGUUUCGCAGAACACUCUGCAGACAUUUAAGCUACUUGGCAUAAUACACUCAGGCAGUCUGAGUGGUUUGCCUGAGGAGCUAUAUGGUAAUCUGUCAUCUCUCGAGGAGUUUAAGGUUUGGUAUUACCUUCACUUGAAAUCCUUUCCGACCAUUGAGUGGCUCACUGAUCUUCUGAAAUGCAAGAUUGGAUAUGACACAAAAUGGACAAGUAAUCAAGCUGAAGAGCUAGAAUCAUACAUGUCUGUAAUUGAAUUGUCUAUUGUCGGCUACCACGAUCUAACGUCGACCCCGGAUAUAAAAGCAUUGCAGAAUCUUUCAUCUUUGACGAUCACUGGCUUGAGGAACUUGCCGAAAGGAUUUCACUGCCUGACUUGCCUGAAAAGCUUGUCAAUUGGUGGGUUCAUGGAAGGGUUUGAUUUUAGGCCUCUUUUACACCUUGAAUCUCUUGAAAAUCUAGCAUUGAUAGACUUUGGCAGUGCAGAAAGCACACUUCCAGGCGAACUUCAGCACCUCACUGGCUUAAAGCAUUUGAAAAUUGUUGGCUUUCAAGGCAUUGAAUCUCUACCAGAGUGGUUUGGAAAUCUUACCUCAUUGGAAACUUUGCACCUUGAAAGUUGCAGAAAUUUGAGAGAGCUUCCAGAAGCUAUGGGUUGCCUUGCCAAAUUGGAAGAACUGCGCAGUUUCAAUUGCCAUGAGCUCAGGCUUCGCCAAGAAGAAUCAGAAUGGUCCAAGAUUUCGCACGUUUCGAGAUUCAUAUCGUUCAAUUAUUGGGUCGAUGAGGACCAACAGAGGGUUCAGUUCAAAGUCUGCCACAAGCCUAGCUAGUGGCUCAUGUCAGGAACGAAGCAUGGAGAACAAUAUUGAUAUGAAUCAAGACAUCUCAAUCGAUUCAUGCCAUGCUUUUUGUGAUGAACAAAGUGGCUUCAUGAACUCAUAAAGAUUUUGAACAAUAAACGAGGAAUAUAAUAGAGAAAGAGGCUUGAAGGCCCAACCUCCUCGCUGGCACACCGCCCAGUGUUUGGCUCUCUUUGGCUCAUUAUGUAUUGUCGUCAAUCUCACGGUUUUAAAACAUGUCUACUAAGAAAAGGCUUCCACACUCUUAUAAGGAAUGCUUCGUUCCCCUUUCUAACUGAUAUGGGAUCUCACAUGAUCAAUGGUAUCCCUGUAUAGAUAAUGAAAAAUGAUCAACGAUACCUGUUUAGAAAAAAUGAAGAAAAGGGUGACAAAAAAAUUGAACCGUACUUCUUGGUCGUGAUUUGUACGAUCCAUUUAGUAUAAUAAGAAAUAAUGAAAGAACAAAAAGAAAACCUCUCACCUUCACAUCUUUAAUUUGGUUUUAGCAUUCAUGAUCUUUGUCUUUUGGUUUAAGAAAACGACAUUCCCUUUGUCACUUUGAGCCAUAUUGUGUUCUUGUUGGUUCUUAAUUUUUCAAAAGAAUAUGACUUUCCUUUCCUAUUUAGUCAUCAUCUUUACUCUUCCAUCCUUCCCUCUCCAUUUAAAAGCUCACCAAAACCCACUCAUAAUCCCCCAUGUUUAACACCACAAGUUCU